CUUGCCCAUCUUCUGCUUUCUUUCUAACUCCGCACUUUCCCUCUCAUUCUCUCUCUCUCUCGACUCUCAUGGAAAUCUCGCCCUUCCCCGUGACUCCGCCUCCCACCUGAACCUUCCACCAUUAAAAGUAAAUUCCCCAAAAAAUCGCUCCUACCAGAAAAUUUUCAAAAAAUUUCCCACCACCAGACCCUAUUUCAUCAUCAUCAUCAUCUCUGACCGUCUGUCUCCUCCUACUCCUAAUGAUCUUCCACCUUGUAGUAUUUUGUCACCAUGCUAUCCCCUCAGGCCCUCCGUAACGGCGAGACCCCCUCCCCUCACCGCCGUAUCCCGACCUCCGCCACCCAUCAAUUCCACUCCACAGUUUCCGAACAGAAGCUCCGCCGCUUCAACUCACUGAUCCUCGUCUUUCGCCUCGCCGCCUUUUGCUUCUCCCUAGCCUCCUCUAUCUUCAUGCUCACCAACUCCCGUGGUUCCUCUUCCCCGCAUUGGUACGAUUUCGACGCCUUCAGAUUCGUGUUCGCAGCGAAUGCCAUCGUGGCCGUGUACUCUCUAUUCGAAAUGGUAGUCUCUGUUUGGGAGAUCUCCAGAGGCUCCACUCUCUUACCCGAAAUCCUACAGGUCUGGUUCGACUUCGGCCACGACCAGGUCUUCGCGUACCUGCUACUGUCGGCGAACUCGGCGGGAACAGCGUUGGCAAAAGCACUGAGACGGACGGACACGUGUACGGCCACGAGCGCGUUCUGCAUCCAGUCGGACAUCUCGAUCGCCCUGGGAUUCGCCGGAUUCCUGUUCCUAGGGUUUUCAUCCCUGCUCUCGGGAUUUCGCGUCGUCAGUUUCAUAAUCAACGGCUCUCGUGUUCAUCUUUGAACGGAGAGGAUAAGAUACGGCAAUAUUUGUGUGUAUCGGGAUGUUGUUUUUUUUAUCGUGUACCGUAUUACAUUACUAUUUGAUUGAUAUAAGAUGCGUCCUAUGAUUUUGAGGUCUGU